AUGGCCUCGCCUAGCCGAGCUCCUCCAAAACCCAAUCCGACCUCUUCCAACAAUGCAACAAUCGCCCUCCCAAAACCAACCGACCACUGGUCCUUCGCCAGCCUCCUCGCAGACAUACUCCGCCUCCCUCCCGAAACCAUCGCCAUGUGCUUCAUCUACAUAAACCGCUUCACAAAAUACACCCGAACCGCCACCGACGCGCCAAAACUAGAUCCGCACCUCAACAAACCCCCCCAAUCCCAGACCCUCACCCUCGCCGCCCUCUCUCUGGCCACCAAAACCACCGAGUCCCCGCGCCGCCUGCGCGCCCUCCUGCUGCCCGCGCACCGCCUGCUGCACGCCCACACGCGCGCCUACGUCCCCCUCACGCUCAAUUCGCAGACAUACGCCGGCCUGCGCCGCACCGUCGUCGCGGCCGAGCUGCUGCUGCUACGGGUGCUCCGCUUCGACGCGCACAUCCCGCUGCCGCUGGAUUUCCUGCCGCGCUAUCUCGACCGCACGGUCGGCGAGGCGGGGACCGCGGACGUGGAUUUUGACGAGUGGGGGAGGGGGGAGAGGGAGGAGGUGGGCGUGUGUGGGUUUAUGGAGACAGGCGUAGGGAGGGCGUGUAGGGGGGUGGGUGUUGAGGCAUGUAAGGAUUAUAGGUUUGCGAAUUUGUUUGACGCGAGGACGGUGGCGGCGGCGGUUGUGUGGGUGGUGUUGAGGGGGAGGGGGUUGGAGCUGGGGGAGGGGAGGGCGUGGGUGGAGGAGGUGGCGGGGGGAAAGGUGGAUGGGGGGGAUUUUGAGGAGGCAGUUGGGUUGCUGGAGGGGUUGCGGAUCUCGACGAUGUAG